AUGGACCAGCAUGAUGAACCGAAAGCAGUCAGAGAUUCCGUAGAAAGUGCCCUCGAGAAGCGUGCCGCGGCAACGUUUGAUCUCCACAGGCGGCUGGCAACUGUUGCUUUGGCGGACUCGGAGGGCUGCGGGUGCCUCACGGAGGAGGAUGACGACGGCGAUGUGGAGUACAAGUGGCGGCUCACAGACGUCACUCCCGCUCGAUUUAAACAUCUGGUGACGCAAAUGCAGUUUCGAGUAGGGGAGGGAAAUGGGCAAUGUCUUUAUGAACUCGGUAUCGCCAAUGACGGAUCCCCGAGGGGGCUGCCAAGAUGUGAAUACCAGGAGACUGUGGAGACGCUGCAAAAAAUGGCGGAGGCACUUGGUCUUGAUUUCAAUAUUUUACAGGAAUUUUUGCUACGGUCGGAGCCAAUUCCACUUUGGUGUGGCGAGAUUCUCAUUACGCAGCGCCAGGCAGAGUUGCAGGAUGGAAAAGUUGCCUUCUGUGGCACCGCAGGUAGUGGAAAGUCCACGCUGAUUGGUGUACUUCUUACUGGGUAUCUUGACGAUGGCAUGGGCAGUGCCCGACAACUACUUUUUAAUCACAAACAUGAGGUUAGCACGGGAAAAACAACAUCUAUCGUGGCGCGGGCCAUUCCUAUAGACAGCAGCGAAGGAAAGAAUAAGAAUUCUACUCUUUGUCGCUUAAAGGGUAUUGACUCCUCGUCACGUUCGCUUGCAAUGAUAGAUCUUGGGGGAGAUGUAACAAAACACAUGCUUUUUGGUUUGAUGAGUCGUCGUCCUGAUUUUACCGGCAUAUGUGUUUCUGUUGAACAACCGGUAGUGGAAGUAACACUAUACGCAAGAGUAUUUCGUGCCAUGCGGAUCCCAUUUUUUGUUGUUGUGACUAAACUUGAUGUUGCUUUUGAUUUUGAGGUGGAUGCCUUUUUGUUUGAGUUAGCGGUUGAGUUUUCAUUGAUCGGCUGUGAUUCUGUUCUCCUGGCGGAUGUCGACGGUGUGGAUAGUUUCCAGCGGUCGUGGAAUAAAUCGAAUCAAGUUCCCGUGUUGCGUGUUUCCUCCGCGGAUGGAUCGGGCAUAGAACUUUUUCGACACUUUAUGUCAUCUCUUCCUAUUGGCUGUAUGCCGGUUACACCGGACGGGGAAUUUGAAGUUUUUCUUGACGGAAGUUUUUUUGUUCGUGGUGUGGGGCCCGUUGUGCAUGGGCACGUGGUGAAGGGUUCAGUAGAAUUGGGGUGCCAGUGUCGUAUUGGGCCGGACUCAGAGGGAAAGUUUUACCCCGUCAUAGUUCAGGGCAUACACGUCGGAGGAUCACAUGUCACGCGUGUGCGGCCGACGGACGAGGCCACUUUUGCUCUCUCUGAGCUCCCAAGAAGUGUGGACAUGGCACAAAAGGGAAAGAUCUUAGUUCCAACUUCUGUCAGUGUUUGUUGGGAGUUUGAGGCACACUUAAAGGUGCUAUCACAGGGCAUGACGCCCCGACUGCAACCAAUUCUUUACACGGGCAACAUGCGACAGGCGGUGAAGAUCAUUUCUCCUUUACCCAAUGAUGCAGAUGUGUUCUACAAGGGAUGCCUGGUUCGAUUUCAGUUUUUGUAUCAUCCAGAGGUGCUUCGGGAGGGUGCCAGUGUCAUUCUUCAGUGGAAUCCAGAAGGCAUAGCCGUUGGGGAAGUGAGAACGGUGUUUUCUCACGCCCCUGUUCCAGUAGUAGGUUAG